GUGUUUUGUAAGAAAGUGUCGAUUGUCGAGUGAUGGAAUACUUUACUCCAUGCAUGCCACAAGAAGAAUAAGGACAAUUUACAAGUGGAGACAACAAGAUUACCAUUAUUGUUUUUUUUUACUUUUAAUAUCUCUUCGCGUGAAACGGGUUAUUUGUUUGGAGCUUCAAUUCACUAAAUCGCUUUCCAGCACCAGCUUUUCUUGAGAAGCUCCCAGCUACCAUGGUGGUAGUGCAAAGCUACUGUGAGGCCAGCGCUUCAAUCUCCGAAGCCUGGCUGGAGGGCGGCAUCUCGCCCUGCUUCUACUUCACCCUGGUGCCCACCGUCCUGCUUACCCUCUCCUUCUUCUUCGGCGCCUUCCACUGCGUCUGCUACCGCCGCUACGGCACCGAGAUGGAGCCCAAGUUUGUGCCGCGCUCCCGCCUCUAUGGCCUCCAACUGGCAGUCUCCCUGCUCCUCCUGCUGCAGUUCCUAGGGGGGCUGGUGUGGAGGGCAGCCGGAGGAGGGGAGCUCCCCGGCUAUGUGGUGCUGUACGGAUGCCUGUCCAUGCUGGGCUGGGUCUGGGCAGUGGCCCUGCUAAGGCUGGAGAGGAGGAGGGUGCUGGUGAGGGACCGGACGCGGGGCCACAGCACGGUGCUGCUGCUCUUCUGGGCUGUGGCAUUUUCAGCGGAGAACCUGGCCUUCGUCUCCUGGGCCAGCCCCUACUGGUGGUGGGGCCUGGAGAACACACAGCAGCAGGUGGAAUUUUCUCUGUGGUUGAUGCGCUACAUCGGCACAGGAACACUCUUCUUCCUGGGCCUGAAGGCUCCGGGAUUACCACGGAGACCGUACAUGCUCCUGAUCAACGAGGACGAACGUGACGUGGAAGGCAGCACUGGCCAGCCCCUGUUGGAUGGGACAGAGGAAUCCCAGUCUACCUGGCAGGACUUUGGGCAGAAGGUGCGUCUGCUGGUGCCCUACAUGUGGCCCAAAGGCAGCAUGCUGUUACAGGGCCUGGUGGUGCUCUGCCUGUGCCUGCUGGGUCUGGAGAGGGUCAUCAAUGUCUUUGUGCCCAUCUACUACAAGAACAUUGUGAAUGAGCUGACUGAUGGAAGCAGCUGGAAGACCUUGGCCACCACUGUGUGUGUCUAUGUCUUGCUCAAGUUCCUGCAAGGUGGAGGGGCAGGUGCGUCUGGCUUCAUCAGUAACCUGCGCUCCUUCCUGUGGAUCCGCGUGCAGCAGUACACCAACCGGGUGGUGCAGGUGCGUCUGUUCGGCCACUUACACUCACUGUCACUGCGCUGGCACCUGGGCCGACGCACCGGGGACGUCCUGCGUAGCAUCGACCGCGGCACCUCCUCCAUCAACAGCCUGCUCAGCUACAUUGUAUUCAGCAUCUUCCCCACCAUCGCAGAUAUCGUCAUCUCCAUCAUCUACUUCAUCACCUACUUCAACGCCUGGUUCGGACUCAUCAUAUUCGUCUGCAUGUUCCUCUACCUCACCCUUACCAUCAUCAUCACGGAAUGGAGGACCAAGUACAGGCGAGACAUGAACACCCAGGACAACAACACAAAGUCCAAGGCUGUGGACUCCCUGCUCAACUUUGAGACGGUGAAGUACUACAACGCAGAGAAUUACGAGGUGAACCGUUUUGAGGACGCCAUCCUGAAGUAUCAGACCUCAGAGUGGAAGACACAAGCUUCUCUGGCCUUCCUGAACCAGACACAGAACCUGAUCAUCGGUUCAGGUCUACUGGCCGGGUCACUGCUCUGUGCCUACUUUGUCCAGGAGGGCAAGUUUAAGGUUGGAGACUUUGUCCUCUUCGGCACCUACAUUAUCCAGCUCUACACCCCUCUCAACUGGUUUGGAACCUACUACAGAAUGAUCCAGAACUCCUUUAUCGACAUGGAGAGCAUGUUUAAGCUCUUCACAGAGGAAGAGGAGGUGAAGGACAUGGUGAAUGCAGGGAACCUUCUCUAUAAACUGGGAAAAGUGGAGUUUGAGAAUGUGUACUUUAGCUACACUGACGGGAAGGAGAUCCUUAAGGACGUAUCAUUCACUGUGCAGCCAGGCCAGACUGUUGCAUUGGUUGGCCAGUCAGGGUGUGGUAAGAGCACCAUCCUUCGCCUGCUCUUCCGUUUUUAUGACGUCCAGGGGGGAUGCAUCCGCAUCGAUGGCCAGGACAUCUCUAAGGUGAAGCAGGUGUCUCUGCGUGCCCACAUCGGCGUGGUGCCCCAGGACACGGUCCUCUUCAACGACAACAUCCGCGACAACAUCCGCUACGGACGAAUCUCUGCCAGCGACCACGAAGUGGAGGAGGCGGCUAUCGCCGCAGACAUUCACGAGAAGAUCCAGACGUUCCCAGAAGGAUACGACACCCAGGUGGGCGAGAGGGGUCUGAAGCUGAGCGGGGGGGAGAAGCAGAGGGUGGCUAUCGCCCGGACCAUCCUCAAGGCCCCUCAGAUUAUCCUGCUGGAUGAGGCCACAUCUGCUCUCGACACACAGACGGAGCGCAACAUUCAGGCGUCGCUCACCAAAGUGUGCUCCAAUCGGACCACCAUCGUCGUGGCUCACAGGUUGUCGACCAUCAUCGGUGCCGACCAGAUUCUUGUUCUAAGUGACGGUCAGAUAGCAGAGCGAGGACGGCAUGAUGAGCUGCUGGCUAAGGGAGGGUUGUACUGUGACAUGUGGAUGAAGCAGCAACAUGCCCAGGACUCAGACUCAGCCUCUGACACAGAAGCCAAAGACAGGAAGUCUGAGAAACUACAGCCCCCAUCAGUCACUGCAGGCCACGGGAGCCACUGAGUAUAGAGUGAGAGGUUCAAGGAUAUGUAGACAUUGUGAGGAGAUGGAGGAGGACGAGAGAUGCAGUGAGAGUAUUAGAUACCUCAAAAGGCUGUUUUGUCUGCACUUUUUUCAGGUAUCUGUCCAUCGAGGUUCAUUCGGUCAUGAGUGAAGUUUUAAGCAGAUAUUUAUUGGGUAUUUAAUGUUUGAUCAUUCAAUCAAAAUGUUUGUGCCAUGAAUGCCUCGGGCCAUUUGUUUUUAAGUGUAUUCAGGAUCGUGUUCAUUAGGUUAACAGAAAAUGUUUUAAAAUGUUUUAAAAUCUAAAAUUAGUGUUUCUUAUUGGACAAGUCCAGGAAGUCCCUCCUUAUUGCAGUCUGUUUUGAUCCGUUUUCUGCGUAAUUAAUCUCACUUGCCCCAAUUUUUUUAAAUUGAGUCAAAUGCUCGUUAACGUGUCGGAAAAGAUACUAGAACGAGUAGCAGAAGCAGGGCGGUAGCUCCCUCCCACACACUCUUUCUGCAAGUUACGGGCAAGUCUAGGGGCCAAAUGUCCCCUCCCCUUCCAAAAUGUGAAAGAUAUGAACACCUGCAAAAUCCUAAUUUAUCCAAAUAAUCAGUGGCAAAAAUCUGUGCACCUCGCUGUUGUCGCAUCCCACAGUCUGUUGACAUACACUACAAUACCAGUUCUGUUACAUGCGUCUGUCCACGAGAGAUUAGUGCCUAAUGAACAUGACCAGGACUCUAUAAUUUGUCCUCUUGCUGUCUGAAGUCGGUUGACUGCAGCCGUCCAGAGAAGUGGCAACAAGUCCAAAGUAGACUAAUACCUACCCUUAAGCGCAGGUAUAAGGCAGUUUGGCACAGUGUCUCACAAAACUUUGAAUUGUUGACUUAAUGUUUAGGGGUUGACGAAUGUAUUAGUUUUAUUUACAGCAUCUAGAGAUUAUUUUAUUUUUACUAUACCCACUUUAAGCUUAUUUUUUUAGCUAUUAUACAAGCAAUAGACUUACAUUAUACUUUAUAGACUAAUUCAGACCGAAUUGAAUGUUUAAACAAAGAAAUCUGUUGCACAAAAAAAUGUUAUAAGUACAAAGGUAUGUGUACGAGAACUUCAACUUUAACAUUUUAAUUUGGUUAUUAGUAAAACAGAUAUUUAGUCUGUGUUUGGUCUGUUUCACAUCCAAGCUGCAUCAAUUUUACCCCAAUCAGACUCGGGUCUAGGUGUUGACUGAUGCAUGCCAAAUUAAUCCUGUAACUUUUAUUUGUCACCAAUGGUGAUCAAUAAGAACUACUGGCAGUAUAUUAAAGAAAACAGAAUCGGUAGAAUUGACUAAAUUCACAGAGGAAAAGCAAACAUUUCUCUAUGAAUGAACUCAGAAAGCCUGUUUGUGCUGCUACCCGUUUUGAGUAAAGAACUACUGUCAGUGUAUCUUUAUUUUAAUGGAAGAAAUUAGUCUGUAUUUGAAUUUGUUAAUAUCUAUGCCUUGCAUUCCCAAGGCA